AUGGCCAAGGUAGAUCUGCUUCAAUUUGCCCCAAAUGACAAGGAAAUCGAGUCGCAGACAUGGGCCCGGUCUCCGCAGGCGAGCCUUGCCAGAUAUGGCGGUUUUGACUGGUUUUUCGAUGCUGAUUGUCCGAAAACGGAGCAGGCUGGUUAUGUCACAAUAGAUGUGGGUGGCAAGGGGUCCCAAGCAGGAACCUUACACCGUGUCUCUGCCUCAAACGACAACCCAUGCGUACCCGCUCAAACCCUGUUCGAAGAGGGGCGCGUGCGAUCUCGUGUGGGGAUCAGCGCAAAUAGCUUCGGUGUGGCUUGUGACUAUCGCUUUGAUAUCCUGCAGAUUGUAGAGUCGGGGAGAUGCCAGGUGGAGAGAGCGGUCGACUCCUUCACUACGUGA